AAGGAAUACAACCUUUUAGGUGGGUUUUAGAAUAUUUUGAAAAUUUUACAUCUGCGUUCGGACAAAGGCCCCCAUCGGGGCAUAUGGCGGUGUCAAUUUCCAAGUUAUAAUUGUUUAUAUGGUGUCACAUGACAUCAAAUGUUAAUUUCACAAACAUUUUUAUUUUGACGGCUACUGUAAAUGCACAUCGCGAAUUCUACGCCGAUCUGAAGUGCUCUAGCGGGCCAAUAUUGGGCUCUUGUCAGAGCGGAAAAGCUGUUUUUGCUGUGCUUUGGUGUGACUUGUGUAUGCAUCGCUUUCGGCAGCGUUUGCCAUCGAAAUUUGUGUGUAAAACCGGUGAAAUCUACAACAUCACACAUCUAUUUUAUUUAUUUUGUUAUUGAGUUUGCUGGAGAUCACCACCGUAAAUUUGAAGUGCAAUUGAGUUCAGAUUUAGCGAGCACGUCUUGAGAAUAAAGGUAGGAAGUAUGGCGUUUAUCGUUUAUAUUUUAGUCUGCCACCCGCUUGGAAUUUGACUGUCAUUAUAAUGUAUAUAAAGUCUUUCGCUGUGAAAUAACACAUCUCCCCCGUGUUGUUCGCUUGUGUUUACUCGUAUUUCCUGAUUAACAGCGAUCGUUUACUCUUCAGGAGUUACCUCACACAACAUGGCCGAAUCUGGUAAUUUUAGUUCGAAGAAUUUCGCCAUCCAAGCGCAGAAAAAAGUCUUGGGAAAGCUGGCGAGCAAGAGUGUGGCAAAAGCGUUUGUGGACGACACGACGAGUGCAUUAUUCGACAAUCUGUACACGGUCGCCAAACGAGAUACCGGCAACAAAAAGGAGGCUGAAAAGUUACUCAAAGAUCUGAUCAAAAUUGCAGUAAAGAUUGGGGUAUUGUACAGAAAUAAUCAGUUUACCAAAGCUGACAUGAAAAUUGCGGAAACGUUUCGAAGUCAGUUCAAAAUGACAGCCAUGACCAUAGUGAGUUUCCACGAGGUCGAUUUCACAUACGACCGGCAGUUCUUGACCAAUUCACUUACAGAGGCGAAAAAGUCGCUGCAUGGAUUAAUAGAGAGUCAUCUUACACAGAAAUCACAUGGGCGGGUGGACCAUGUUUUUGACUAUUUUUCAAACGGUGAUCUAUUAGAUAAACUAUUCCAAAAUGAUGCUUAUAAAGAUGUCCGUACUCAAAUCGCAGAAGGACUUAAUAAAUUAAUAGAACACGGCGAUCUGUAGCGAGAAAUCUCGAUUUUAAAAGUAACUAUAUAUCCGUGAUGUAACUAUUUGGUCCACAAUAUGCACUAUUCCCCGAGGCUAUGUCCAAGCCAUAAUCUGCGCUACAGACAGAAGAUUAUUGAGAAAUAUUCACAUCAAUAUGUCCUCAAACAAACUGGGCAAAUAUUCAAAUAGCUUGUUAAAAUAUUGUAUCUGGCCAAAUCAUUGCAAAUGGAAUAUUAUGAAUUUAAAUAAAUUUUAUGCUUUCAAUUCACAAGUUUAAAAACGAAAAGCUUGUAAAACUCUUAAUAGUAUUAUUCACAGUAUUGUACAAAUAUGGACUUACUUAAAUUAGUUAAAUAUUUAAAAGUGUAAUGUGGUAUUUAAUAUAAAAUUUUGUGACGAAUGUGACCAUAUGGCAUAUAUAACGCCCGUGUUCCGAUCCUUAAUUGCUACUUUAAUUUGUUCUAAUAUUUUCGUUUUCG